AUGUCGAGCAGCACAGACGUGUCGGCAGGUUCUGCUACUCCCAAGGAGAGAAGAAAGUCAUUUCUUGACUUUGGUGGACCCAAUUCCCUCGCCAACUUUGCCUCUUCUUAUUCCAGGGCGCAGGCAUAUGUAGGUUCUUCACUUUUGGAACAGACAGCUUCAGAGGUCAGGAUUAACGAUGAAAUGUCACCUAAUACUUCACCUUUCUUGAGACCGCUGGGAGACAUAGAAGAAGGCGCUAUCCUAGAAGACGACGAGGAAAUUACUGGUUUUCCUGCUCCUAAUGGUUAUGACCAUAUAACGACUUUCCAAUUCCCUACGACUCCUACGGAAGAAACGCCUUUAUUUCAUAGUGAACCAUCUGUGAGAAAGAUGUCAGUGAAUUCAGUCAGCUCAUUUGCACUCAUCACUGGAAGCUCUACAGCACCUCAGACGGUUUUCAACUCCAUCAAUACCCUUUUGGGAAUAGCCAUGUUAACCCUUCCAUUUGGAAUGAAACUCACAGGUUGGGUGUUAGGAACAGCCAUGUUAGCUGUGAGUUCCGUCUUGACUGCAACAACAGCCAAAUUCUUGGGAAGAAUUCUAAGAAAACACCGUGGAUUGCGUACUUAUGGAGACAUUUCUCAUUUAUAUGGUGGACCCACUUUUCUGUUCUUUGUGACUGGCUUGUUCUCGUUAGAUUUGUUAAUGGCGUCUCUCUCAUUAAUUUUGCUUUUCACAGAUUCCUUUUUGCUUUUGCUUCCAGGAGUUAAGCCAGCCGUGUUUAAAGCUGCAAUCGUAGCUGCUGGUUUUCUCUUGUCCUUGUUCCCGCUUACCAUUCUUUCUAUUUUGAGUUUGAUUGGUAUUCUUUGUACUGUUUGCAUUAUUAUCGUCAUUGUAUUCUGUGGAUUUCUUGUAGAGACACCACCUGGAUCACUUUUGGUUCCAGCCGCAACGAACUUGUGGCCAUCGGAUAUUAAACAUGUAUUCCUUUCUUUGGGUAUUUUCAUGGCACCAUGGGGUGGUCAUCCUGUCUUUCCUGAGUUGUACAAUGAUAUGAGACAUCCACUGAAGUUUUCAAAUUGCUGUAACGUCUCGUUUGCUAUUACAUUCAGUUUUGACUACUUUAUUGCUGUCAUUGGUUUUGUAAUGUACGGAUUGACGUGUGAAGACUCCAUCAUUAAGAAUCUCAUGUCGAACCCUAACUACCCAGCAUGGGUUAAUCCUUUGAUCUGUUUCUUCAUGGGACUUAUUCCGGUUUCGAAAUUACCAUUAAUUACCAAACCUAUUGUCACCGUCUAUGAAUCUAUCUUGGGCUUGCAUACUCACCAGCUUCAACAUCAAAAGAAGUCAGGAGUUGUGGAAAAGCCACAUGAUCCUCACUUCUAUACAAGAAUCCUUUGUAGAUUUAUCUACUGUCUGUUUCUUCUUGCAGUUUCCUUGACCAUUAAUUCGUUUGGUAAGUUGGUCUCGUUUGUGGGUGCGGCUAUUUGCUUCACACUUUGUCUUGUCUUACCAUUCCUAUUCUACUUGCAUUUUUUCAAGGAAGAAUUACUGAAGAUUCAACAAUACUUCUUGGUGAUGGGUAUUGUCAUCGGUAUUGCGGGCUCGAUACUUGGUACUUAUGCCUCCAUUACUAUGGAUGUGAACAUAUAG